AUGUCAGAUUCACAGUUGAGCUUCAAAAAUCAUAAAACAAUGAAUGCUGCCUUGAAAGCUAAAGAGAAUAUAAUUUACAAAAAGACUGGUGAAGGAGGGCGUUGUACUUCAGUUAAAGAAACUGAACCGGUCUUUCUCUCCUGGGCCGGCAGAAUAGCUCCCACCAAGAAGGGCUGCAAGAAGAAGGGCUGCUCCGUCAUCCAUGAGGUCAGGACCCGAGGAAGCACCAUCCAUCCGUAAGCACAUCCAUGGGUGGGUUUCAAGAAGCGUGCACCUCAGACACUCAAAGACAUAUGGAAGUCUAAUGUGAAGGAGAUGGGCACCCCAGAUGUGUUCAGUGACACCGGGUUCAACAAAGCUGUCUGGGACAAAGGAAUAAGGAACGUCCCAUACCGAAUCCAUGAGCAUUUGUCCAGAAAGCAUAAUGAGAAUGAAGAUUCAUCAAACCAACUUUAUAUGUUGGUUACCUAUUUACCUGUCAUCACUUUCAAAAAUCUAGAGUCAGUGUGGAUAAGGACUAAACUCAUGACAUAA